AUGGACAUUUUGCCUCUAGAAUUGGUCACAAGAAUCAUCGACAUCGUGUCUUAUCCGGAUCCAGAUGAUGAAAGAUCACACAAAGCAAGACUUGCAUCUCUGGCACUUGUCUCAAAACAAUGGCGAGUCAUCGUUGAAAGUCAAACCUUCUGUGCUAUACGGGUGGAGAGCACGGAACUAGAAACAUUUGAUCAAGUCUAUGGAGGUCUACUGGGUACGCAAAGACGGUCGUGUCUUUCUGACAUCGUCCUAGCCUGGACCCCACCUGGCCAAUGCAGAAAGAAAUGGCGGGCUCGCUCUAGGCAUGAACGAGCUGCUGAGAAUCAACGUAACAAUGAGAGCUUCACUGCAGCAAUAAGGGAUCUCUUUACCAUUCUCGCCUCCUGGCCUUAUGAUGCUAAAAGAGACCGAGCCAUCGCUUUGUCCAUAUAUCAGAAAGGACCUCUACCAGAAAGCGUAAAGCUUCUGGCUCCAGAAACGAUUCCUGAGGUUAAACGUAUUGCUAGCUUCAGAUGUGAUGAGCAAGAGAUUAGGAUAGGAAGUCUACCCCUGGUUGCUUCCAGGCUCCCAAAUCUGCAGACAUGCCAUUGGGAAUACUUCAACAGUAACGAGCCCUUGAACUCAAUCCGAACGCGACGGGAUCAGUUUGCGAGGCAUUUGUCCCUGCUCACUGACUCUUCCAUCCGUCAAGCACACUUUACUAUCCGCACAUAUACUCCUGACAACGAGGACCCCGAGACAUCGAGUCUUCUGCUUCCUGGCCACACAACCGACCAUUUGAGCAAAUCUCUCCAUAGUUUCUCUCAGUCCGAAAAUUUGUCUGUUCUAGACAUCCACGAAGUGAUCAUAUCGCCUGCACUAUUCUGGCCAGCCGGGAAUGGCGCCUCGACGCCUUAUUGGCCAAAUCUUACCAUUUUGCGAGUAACUGUGAAUCCAAUGGCAGCUGAUGGCGGCUGGUACUUUGAGCAAAAUCCUCACGUUACACCAGACAAUGACGACGAUAGAUCUUCCCAACAUGGAGCGAUCUACAACACUACACAUCGAUUUCGCGCCUGGCCAUCUCCGAAGAUGGAAACUUUGCUGCACUCCAUGGCCAAGGCAGUAACCCGAAUGCCGGCCUUGAAGUUCUUCGCCGCUGGUUCUCAAAUGCCAUGGCCUCACUCCAUUGACUUUGAGUUUUUCUACCUAACGCCUGGAGAAAAGCAAGAUUUGGGUGAACCGGAAGAGGGGACAAUAUUUGAUAGCAACGAUAUCACCAAACCAAGGCUGUUCUGGCGAGUUCCGAGAUUCUGGCGUAUGAACGAAAGCGUGGAGAAGCUCUGGAAAGACACUUUAGGCAGCGAGGGCAUCAUCGAAUAUCAAGAAUGGGUGCUGGGCAAAUCGUACAGAAGCGAGGUCUGCAAAGAUUCGACACAACCUUCAGAUUGA